UGUUCUGCAUGUAUAAGACAUAAAUUAUGACAGAGCGAUUAUAUGUAUAUCUUUUCUUUAAGAUCCGAAGCGAUAAGCGAAAAGCUGUAAUUGCAUCAUGAAUUACCAGCUUCAGAGCCUUCUUUCCUUGCACAAUUGUUAUUAGUUGCAAAAUUAAACUCGCCACGUGUAGAUAGGCUAUGAGAAGUUUAUAUCGAUUUACACAAUUGUCAUAGACUCACCAAGAAACUUACACUUAGAAGGGAAAUUUUUGCAAACACGUUAAUAGUAAAGUGUAUUGAAAACAUAAGUAAUAUUUCUCAGGUUAUAAUCUGUGACUUAUAUUAUCGAUACACAAUUUCGGCGAAGAUGUUCAAUCUAUCAUUAAAGUUCCAAAGACUCAAAGAUAAAAGAAAAAGAAAAAUAUGGCAGCUAUUCCGCGCUACGGAUUUCGCAUCGUUGAUGUAUCCUUGCUUCACUGUGUGCCGCCUUAUGGGACUGUUUUCAUACAAAUUCAACGCCUCGAACAUCAAGACUUACAAACCAAGCUAUAUUCUAUCAACAUUCGUUAUGUGCGUUUUCUGCACUGCCUAUUCAAUUAAUUUCUAUGAUGUCAUUAUUGCUGGAAAUAUUCGAUUCAAAAGCGCAGGAGUACCCAAAAAACUUGAACUUAUGGGUUUACAUAUUUUUGGUGGUUUUAUAGUUAUUACUACAUUUAUUUUUACUGGACCACGAAUGCGUUUACUCCGGAACAUAAUGGAGGUUUCUUUAAAAUUACCGCCGCAAUCGUUUCAGAAUUUAUCUAGAUUAAUUCAUGCUAAGGACAGUUUGUUUUCCCUGUUUCUAAUUGUGAAUAUGUGCAGAUUCUAUUAUGUUAUGAACAUUGCCUUCCUGCGCAAAAUUAUGGAUGUAUACAUGGUUUUCUUCGUGUAUCAAAUGGAUAUGCUGUAUGUGAAUUGUGUUUGUAUAUUGAAAGCUUGUUUCAAGCAAAUCAAUGACAAUCUCGUGAAUUUGCGGGACAUUUUGAGAAAUGGUGAGCCGUGCCUCCUGAGCGGCACCUAUCGUGCGCAGACAAAUCCUUUCAUACUGCUGGAGAUCACAGCUCUGAAAAAACAGCAUUUGGCAAUCAGUGACACAGUACGAAUGUUAACAAGUGUCUUUAGUUUGCACCUUGUUUCGACAUUACUUAUGGAUUUCGCUAACGUCAUCUUCACUAUGUACGAAUACUUCGUAGUGUUAAUACAUAAAAGUGUGAACGAAGCGACCAAUUCUGAAAAAGAGGUGGUACAUAAGUUCGUAAUUGUACUUAUAACGUAUCAUAUGAUUAAAGUAGUAUUGAUAGUAUGGGCUUGCGAAACCGGGAAGAAUCAAGCACUGGCGAUCAAAACCACAGUUCGCGACGUAUUCAACAACACCAACAAUGAGCAAACAAAAUACGAGUUGGAGCUUUUUUCCUUGCAAGUAUUACAUUGUGAAAAUGUAUUUUCCGCAAAGUGGAUUAUUAUAGAUGCUACACUCUUUAAAUCGUUAAUAGGUAACAUUACCACGUAUCUACUAAUCUUAGUUCAAUUCCUGUACAUGGCAAAUUCUUGCGUGGAAAAUUUAUCUAAUUAAUAAAUAUAUUUAUAAUAGUUUAAACAUAGAAAACACAGUUUAAAUAUUUUUUUCGUUGUGUGAUUGUAAGUA